GGGCUUCUGUACAAAAUUACCACUAAUUUGAAGGGCCUCUGGGAAGAUGGUGGGGGCAGGCAUGGCUGCCCUGGGCUCUUGGGUACCUCAUCAGAGGUGGGGCAGAGAGGCUGUCUUCUUAGGCUUCCACCAUGGCCUCAGCGCGUUACUUGCAAGGAAGUCGGAGUGGACGCCACGGUGGGUCCCAGCUUGCAGACCAAAGUCAUCAGUCUCUUUUCUUAGUCGACCAGACCUUCCAAACUUGGCUUAUAAGAAGCUAAAAGGCAAAAGUCUGGGAAUUAUCUUCAUCCCUGGCUAUAUUUCUAACAUGAAUGGUACAAAAGCUUUGGCGAUUGGAGAGUUUUGCAAAUCUCUAGGUCAUGCCUAUAUAAGGUUUGAUUACUCAGGAGUUGGAAAUUUGGAUGGUAACUUACAAGAAUGCACAGUGGAAAAAUGGAGAAAAGAUGUUCUUUCUAUAAUUGAUGACUUAGCUGAAGGACCACAGAUACUUGUUGGAUCUAGCCUUGGUCGAUGGCUAAUGCUUCAUGCUGCAAUCGCAAGGCCACAAAAGGUCAUUGCUUUUGUUGGUAUAGCUACAGCUGUAGAUGACCUAGUGACACAGUUUAAUCAGCUUCCUGUUGAGGUGAAAAAGGAAAUAGAGAUGAAAGGUGUGUGGACCAUGCCAUCAAAAUACAGUGAAAAAGGAGUUUUUGACAUUCAGUACGGUUUCAUUAAAGAAGCUGAACACCACUGCUUGUUACAUAGCCCUAUUCCUGUGAACUGCCCCAUACGAUUGCUCCACGGCAUGAAAGAUGACAUCAUACCUUGGCAUACAUCCAUACAGGUUGCCGACCGAGUAGUCAGCAAAGAUGUAGAUGUCAUCCUCCGAAAACACAGUGAUCACAGAAUGAAGGAAUAA